UCCAUGUUGCAACACAAUAAAAUGUGGAAAAAAAGUCCAAGGAGGGGUGAAUACUUUUAAGAGCCACUGUGUGUGUGCGUGGUACAGGGAAUUCACAAACACCGCGUCUCUAUAUCCAAGAGAAUCAGAGUCCAGCAUUUUAACAAUUGUUAUUGGCAUAGGCUUCCAGUUUGCCCCUAAGAAUGGCGGCGCCCUGGCUGGCCUCACCCCUGCGGGGCGGAAGUGGCCGCUCUGCGGUUUGUCUUGUGCUCGAUGGUGGAGUCGGAGGCCGUGUCGAAAAAGAUCUGAAAUGGAUUCUGGCUGGAGCCUAUCUGCCCUCGUCUCCCCAAACCCGGGGGGAGGAACCCCGACAGGGCACCAACAGCAGGAAGCAGAAGAAGAAUCACUCACAGUAGCAGGAAGGGGAAAGAGACGCUCGCUGUUCCCAAAAAUCGGAAUGUCCAAAUUCCAAAACCUCGGAGACCAGGGUUACAGAAGGAGGCACAGAUCAGAGACCGGCAGACAGAAAUUCGAAAAGAAACGUUGCAGAAAAUUCGGAGCCAGUUUCAUCGACCAGUUCAGCAUUCGUCAGGAUCUGGGAAGCGAUUCCGACUCAGAUAUCGAGGGAGAGGAAGAGACCGAGGAUGAUCUAAAAGAUGAUUUGGUAGGAGAGGAUUUAGAAGAAGACCACGAGCAACAGGACAGGAAAUCCGGAGAGGUCAGGCUUUUCCUGAACGACAGGAUCAUGAAGUCGAAGCUCUGGAAGAAAGACGACGAGACAGAGACUCAAUUCCCAAACUUUGAGCGCAGGAUCUUAAUCCCGGGAACGGGGGUCAAGCUUUCCGAGCUGGGGUUGGAAUUGGAAGGUUCGGAAUCGGAGGAUUUGGGGGACCCCGGGGAUGUGAGGGAGCUGGAAUAUUUGGAGGAGGAGGAUGAAGAGGAGGGGGUGAAGGGGGAGUUUCUAGGAGAUGGUUCUAUUGACGAGCACGGUCCGCACGUCCACUACAACAAACGCAAGACGGCGGACUACUUCUCCAGCCUGAUCGCUGGCAAAGGGGCUUUCUUUCCAGGGAAACUUGUCAAAUCAAAUCGUAAUAAAAAAACUAAGCUUCCCUUUCCUUCCAAGUGUUCCACGAACGUCGCUGCUUUCGGGAGCAGCAAGCUGCAGAGCCGCGUGGCCGUCAAAAACCUGAACAGAUUUCCCAGAGGUGACGGGAUGGAGAGAGGGGAGGAGGAGACGUGUUUUAUAAACGAGUUCGGAAUGGCGCAUCCUUCAAACCACCUGCAGAUAAAGGGAGAGAGGGACGAUAUAGAGGAGGAAAGGGGCCAUGAUCCCACGGAGGACAGCACAGGAGUAAAGGCACAUAAAAAUAAGAUGCUGCUGAUCUCCUCAGCCAGACCAAGCAGAAAACUACAGGGAGAGAGACUAGCGUCCGACAGCUUCUCCAACAGGGUUGUAAAAGUGGUCCCUAGGAUCUUGUCCGGAUGCCAGAACUCGCAGGACAGUAAGUCCUCAGUGAAGUCAGAAAAUAAUGAAGAUGGCCAUAAUAAUACAGAAGAUUUAGAUGGGAUGGAGAAAUUGGAGACAGGCUUUUCGGUGAAAUCGGAAAGGCCAAAAGCUUGUUGUAGAGUCAUCGAUAGGGAAUUUGUCAAGAUGGAGGAGGAGGAAGAAGGAGGAGGAAAGGAUUUGGAAGGACUGGAGGAAGAGAAGGAAUCAGUUUUCAUUAAUGAGCUGGGUCAGGAGGAAAAGCAGCAGCAGGAGGAGGAGGAGGAGGAGGGUGGAAAGGGGGAUGAAGCCUUUUCUGAAGGGGAGGAGGAGGAGGAGGAGGGGGAGAUUUCAGAAUUUGAUGAGGAUUUAGAAGAAGACGAGGAAGGAGAGGAGCCAGAAAAAAAACCAGACCGACGGAGAACCGAAAAAAAUCGGAGAACCUCCGACCCUGAAACCGAAGCCUCCCCCGAGGGCCCCAGCAAGGAGGAGCUGUUCCACUGCUCCGUGUGCGAGCAGACCUUCCGUUUCAAGUCCGGUCUGAAGCGCCACUUUGCGCGGCACACGGUGGCCAAGCCCUUCCCCUGCUCGCGCUGCCCUAAGACCUUCAAGCACUCCUUUAACCUUUCCUCGCACCUGCGCACUCACUCCGGGGACAAACCCUACGUCUGCCCGCUCUGGCAGAAGGGCUUCUGGGACUCCACCGGGCUGCUGCACCACCAGGUGGUGCACACUGGGGAGCGGACGCACCAGUGCCCCGUCUGCGAGAGCCGCUUCUCCCUGUGGAGCAACCUGCAACGACACGUGCGACGCAUGCACAAGCUGGGGAAUGAGACCGAACCCUCCUCGUCGGCAUCCAUCCCCACCUCGUCACCGACCCUCUUCAGCCUCCACCCCUGUGCCGACUGCCCCAAGACCUUCAGCACCGCCAGCAACCUCAAGAAACACCGCAGCCUGGCGCACGGGGAAGGGGAGGGCCCCCCUGCCCGGCCCCGCCCUCAUCCCUGCGAUCUCUGUGGCAAGGCUUUCCGGCAGCGCUGGGAGCUGGAACGCCACUUCAUGCUGCACGCCGGCACGCGCCCCCACUCCUGCCACGAGUGCCCCAAGAGCUUCUCCACGAAGAGCGCCCUGGCACGCCACGGCCUGACGCACCGUAACGAGAGGCCCUUCCCCUGCGGGCUGUGCGGGAAGGCCUUCGGGAGCGCGCGCUACCUGAAGGCGCAUCUCGAGACGCACCGCGAGGGGACCCCCUACGGGUGCGACGUGUGCCACCGCUGCUACGGCCUGGCCUCCAGCCUGCGCAAGCACAAGAGGAGGCACCAGCGCGCCUCGCGGCUCGAGGAGGCCAUCGAGAGGGCUGGCGGGGCGGGUUCUGGGAGCCUCUACUGCUGCCCCGACUGCCGCCUUGCCUUCCCCGCGCCGGAGGAGCUCCGGUCGCACUCCUGCCCACGCCCCAAGAAACCAAAAGAGCCAGGCAGGGAGGCGUGCCUGUGCAGCGAGUGCGGGAAGACCUUCUCCAGCUCCUCCACGCUGCGCCGGCACUUCCCCAUCCACACGGGCGAGAAGCCCUUUCACUGCGCCUCCUGCCCCAAGCGCUUCCGCACAGCCUGCCUCCUGCGCCUGCACAGCCGGGUGCACAGUGAGGCGCGCCCCUUCGCCUGUCCGCUCUGCGCCAAGACCUUCCGCUUUCAGGGGGCGCUGCAGAGGCACCGGCUGGUCCACGAGCGUCGCCGGCAGGCCCCCGAGCCCGAACCCGACCCGCGCAAGAGGCACGCCUGCCCCCAGUGCCCCAAGCGGUUCCGCAGCCCCCGCGAGCUCCGGCGCCACCUGCUGGUGCACACAGGUGAGAAGCCCUACGAGUGCGAGCUCUGUGGGAAGAGCUUCAAGCAGGAGUCCUACCUGAAAUACCACCGCCUGCUGCACGCCGACGAGAAGCCCUUCCACUGCGGGCAGUGCGAGAAGAGCUUCAUCUCGCCCUACCACCUAAGCAGGCACAUCAAAGACGUGCACAAGGUGAAGGCUUAGAGAGACUGGAGGGGAGAGGGCGACUGGGGAGAGGCGGGCUGGGGGAGAGGAGGAGAGAAGCGCUUCAUCUCACCCUACCACUUGAGGGAGAGCAGGAGAAGGACUGGGGGAGGGAGAGAGGGAGGAUGGGGGAAAGGAGAGAAAUGUUUCAGAUUGAGAGGGAGGAGAGAAGAGCUUCAUAUCAAGAGGGAGGGGACUGCACAAAUUCAGAGUUUAUAGAGGGAGGGAAAUUAUC